AUGAAGGCGUACAUCUCCGAGUACCUUCCGUGGCGCGCGCCGCCGCUGCUCAACAGCUCGUUUGCCAACUAUUCCGACUUCAACACGCAGUCGCUGGCGCACAACCGGCGCGUCUACACCGCGACGACGCUUCCGAUGCACGCUGCCUACCACUACGACCGCACCAACGACGUCCAAGUGCUUCGCACCACGAUUCCGUUUCCGUACCCAAGGCAACUGCAUCGGUCCCAGUGCCUUCCGAAGAUGCUCUUGGGAAUGCCCGGGCUCCUCUACUAUACCGAGCCGGAAAUGGACAUCGUCUGCGCGCUCGCAUCGCCCGGGAAUGCGUCUCUGGCCGACGUCACCGCCAACGGGUCGUGCUUUUACGACAAGGUGGCCACCAUCACGUUUGGGACUUCAUGUCUCUGGCUCACGCCCAGCGACGCCCUUCACGGGUCCAACGCAUCCAAUAUCGUCACGCUCACAUACACGUACGCAGCGACUCGGUUCCAGUCGUUCUUGUGGCUCAAGUUGUGCUACCGCAUUCUGCUGACGCUCUUUGUGCUCUGGCGCAUGUGGCGUUGCUACUACCGCCACUGCGUUGCACUGGAGGCCGGCGUUCGAGCCCACGGCCAUGCGUCCAUCCGAUGCGACGCCGCCGCUUGGCGCUACGAAGUGGUGCUCGGCGAUCCGACCGCGCUGAUCCUUGUCGACCUUAAAGUCGCGCUGGCAUUUCUUGUCGACAUUUGGCUCAGCACAAGCAACGUUGGCGUCUCGAUUUUAAGGGCGUCGCAGAACGGCGACCUCGACGUGCUCUGGAUCAAUGUGCUCUAUCUGUCCCGCACCGUCUGGUUUGCCUACUGCGCGCUCUGUGCUACCGCGUACGGGCUCAAGCGAUGGCACAAGGAACACCUCUUUGUCGAAGUGGACCCGACGCUCGUCGCGGUCGCCGUCACGAUCUACGGCCCGAUCUUCUCGUGGGUGAGUGGCAACGUCGCCUUCAUGACGCGCAUGUAUCACUGGCUCUUCCUCGUCGCGGUGCCGGAAGCUGUGCGCGGUCAAGAAAAUGAAAUGGCGAUCGGCUGUGCGCUCUACACGCUCGUGAUUGCGUGCUUGCCGCUCAUGUACGGCUUUGGCGCGCCGCGCUACCGGCAAUGGCUGCACCGACGCGCCUCGGUGCUCCCGCGCGAUUUCGCGAGUCAUCACUUCAACAACCUCAAGAACCGACUCAUGCUCUCGUGCUUUUGCCAGCACCAGGUCGACGCAGCAUCGGAGACGCGGGGUGGCAGUGUCUACAAGCUCUUCGAGGUCAACCCUGCCUAUCAAGCGAGCCCGACAAUUAGUUUGAGAGGGUCGGACGUCUUCUUGCUCUGCUACCGAGACGAUGUCCUUGAAGUGAAGAUUCGGCUCAGUCUCUUGGCCGUCCUCGACGGGAACGCAGGGCCGAGCGCGCUUACGGUGGUCGAAGGACCGACGCCGUCCCGCUAUAUUGUCAACGAGCUCGUGCUGCCGGCCAAAGUGACGUUCCCGACGCCUCAAGGGUCGGUCACCGCCGCGAUCUCCAGACACUGCGAGAUCCGCCGACCAGUGGUGCCCUCGGUCUGGUGCAUGUGA